AUGCUGCAACAAGGACCAAAAACUCUACUAGUUCUCUUGUGUGAACUUUUUAGAGCAAGUCUGGCCUAUGGGUACAUCCCUCAAGCCUGGUGCCUCAGUAGAGUGGUCUUCAUUCCAAAGAGAGGAAGAGCAGACUACUCAACUGCAAAAUCAUUUUGUCCCAUCAAUCUCACAUCGUUUCUCUUGAAGACUCUGGAAAGACUGGUGGAAAGACAUCUAAGGAAGGUAGUGCUUCCAUACACUCUUCUCCACAGGAAACAGCAUGCUUAUCAGCCUGGCAAGUCCUGUGAAACAGCCCUGCAUCAGCUUGUGAGCAGGGUGGAGGCCAGCCUUGCUGCCAGGGAGAUUGCCUUGUGUGCCUUCAUGGACAUUGAGGGCACAUUUGACAAUGUCACUUACAAGGCCAUGGUCCGAGCGGUCCAGGGGCAUGGUGUUGAGCCUGCCAUAUGUAGUUGGGCUGAGGCCAUCCUCUGCUCCAGGCUGAUCAUGGCUGAUCUUCAAGGCCAAUGGAGAGAAGGCCUGUCUGGAACAGGCCACUGCACCAUCGCCAAAGCUGUUGCUCACAGCCCUGUGCUUGAGAUGACGUCAGAUGUCAUGAGCAUGGAAGAGGAGUGGAAGUCUGAGGAAGGGCCCCAUCCCAAAAGAGGCAGCCUUGUCUGGUACACAGACGGUUCUCUCAUUGAAGGGAAAUCUGGCUACAGGGUGUACAGUGAUUCACCUAGAACACAAGUCUUUGCAAGUCUAGGACAACACUGCAACAUCUUUCUGGCAGAGAUUUGGGGAAUCAUGGCUUGUGCCAAAAUGGGCAUUGCCAGGCGCUACUGCGAUAAGCAUAUAGUAAUCCUGUCAGACUGUCAGGCAGCCCUCAAGGCUCUCAACUCCAACGAAAUCAAGUCCAAAUUGGUGUGGGAGAACCACAAAAUGCUCAGCAGGCUUGCAACGCUCAACUCUGUGCAUCUUGGUUGGGUACCUGGCCAUGUAGGCAUCGGAUGUAAUGAGCAUGCAGAUGAGCUUGCUGAGCUGGGUUCCAGUAUGACAUUUCUUGGCCCAGAGCCGGGCUGUGGCAUAAGUAAAACAACUGCCUUCCACAUAAUAAAUAAAUGA